AUGCCGGGCCUCUUCUCCCGCCUUAAGGGCAGAGACAAGUCCAAGAAGGGCCAAUCCGAACAAUCUGGCGAUCAGCAGCCGCAAAAGCCGCGGUGGGACGACGCGUGGACCCGUAAAACCAUCGAGCCCGAAGAGGUGGUAGAGUUGAUUCGCUUCUGUACCGAGGAGCUUAAGGCUCGAGCACUCGAUCACCCCUUCCUGCUGCUUCCGUUCCGCCCGACGUCCGAUCCCAGCGCAGUCCGUACCUUUAUACGGCACUUUUUUGACGGCAAGGAUGGCGGCCAGCUGCUGCGUGGGGAGGCCUUGGCCCAGGAGCUGCGGAUGACCGAGCCAAUGGUUAUCUCCGGAGUCAUCAAAUGGUGCUGGAGUAGACUCCAAGGCGGCGUCGUCAGCUGGGACUCCUACGAGCUCUUCAAGGUUGGAGAGCAGGAUUCCAACAUGGCCAGAGACUCGUUCAAGACUUUCAUCCCGCUCAGUGUCGACAACAGUGCUAGGUCAAAGAUCAUCUUUGACUUCUUUGACCUGCUCGCCGCAAUUGCGGCGCAUAGCAAGACAAACGGGUUCGGCGGCCGCAAACUUUCACGCAUGGCGGCUUGGUGGGCUUUCGAAUUUGUUGACAAUGGCACCGGGUUCGAAGGCGGUUACAAGACUUGGCUCAGGCAAAUCUUGCGCAGUGCCGCCGACGCCACGAGCCAUUUGUUUUUCGCCUACCUACGGUCCCUCGCCCCCGAGCCAACUCGUGGCGGCAUUUCGCUGCUACCCAUGUCUCUUCUGAAAUUACUCCAGGAAACCGAAUACCCGCCUCAGCGGCCGGCCCUUUUGCAGACAUCAACCUAUAGGGUUGCCAUGAUCGUCGACACUGUGUCACCGACUCCUUUUGCCCUCCUCCGACGGGCCAACCACUUCCAAUACCGGGAUGAGGAUAAGGCGUUGAAGGAAUGGUCCGAGUAUGAGGACCCCAUACAGGCUUUGACCGAAGAGUGCCGCAGAGUCCUGAGGGCAAUCUCUGCCGCAAAUCAGUCACAAGCUGUCUCUAGUUCAAAGCAUUCCACGAGUCUUCGUGAUGCAUCAUGGUCUAGAUUCGAAGAUAUCGGUUUUACGGGUGUCCUGGAAGAGGACGAGAUGGAAGAUGAAUCAGUGCUUGCUAUACGACGACGGCAGCAGGGGCUGAGAAGCACACCAGCUUCAGGCAAUGGGGACCUAGGUCGGCCGACCACGCCGUCAUGGGCAGAUUUCCUGUCAUCGGGGUUUGUGGACGAGCGCGGCACGUCGAACCUCUUACUGCCGCCAGACAAAGUGCUCCCUCCGAUUGAGACGACUGUGAGACAGCGAAGCUCCCAAUCCCACAAGCCGAGAUUGGAGAACGAGCACCAACUGGAACCCGGCGAAUUAGCAAGCAUCACGCGUUUCGAUCUUGACGACGCAUUCUGGUGGGUGUGGAUGACCAGUUUGGGACCCGAAGAGACCCCCGAGAGGAAGUCGGUCUUUGGACGUUGCGCCGUGAUUGAAACGAUCAUUCGGACAGGCCGCUGGCUGGUCAUGGAGGAACUUGUCAAGGGGGCGGCACCGGAUCCUGAGGAGGGCGCGUACAUAGCAGAGAAAAAAGGCUUCUUCAGCUGGACCCGUCGGGGCAAAAGCAGCAUCAACAGGCGCAAGUCGACCGGCAAGCACGCUCUUGAGAAGGGGGAUGGCCACUUGAAGCCAAGCGGCACUAUGAGUUUGAGUAGGACGAGCAUUGGCCCUGACCAGCAAGCCAAAAUCCAGGCCGCCGCGUUGCAGCUCCAGAUGCAAGAGCAACAAAAGCACCAGCAACAGACGCAGGAGCGGCGUGGGCGGAAAGACACUGACUGGCUGAACGAGAAGACCAACAGCGUUCUUACACUUCAACCAAGCAUCCUAAGCGAAGCAUCGCCGGCAGUCAAGUGGGCUAACAAGUAUGACAAAGAGGCAAUACGAGAGGCUUACCUCGCUGAUUCUAGUGCUGGUCGUGGCUUUGGGAGCGCUACACACACUAACGGGCACACCACCACCGUGCCGCCAGAGAGCGAACGCCGCCCGGAUCUGCCUCCCAAGACGCACUCGUCGGCCACGCAGUCCGGCUCGACCACUGUGCCAUCGUCGUCCUCGAUCCCGCGCCGUGACGAAAGACCGAGAACGCCAAACCAAACCGAGAAGGGGCUGGAGGCGCCCAAGGAGCUCCAUCCAGCGGAGCGCUUGUCGGAAACGGGGCGCAACUCGCCGCUGCCGCCACCAAAAGACCUGGUGAGCAUGGAGGUGGCGCGGGAUCAGAUGGUCUCCCCUGAGCCCGAUGCGAGUCCCGACAGUAAGAAGCAGCGGAAGCUCCAUAAGGAUGUUCCAAAGGCUAGCGGCGGUGGUGGCUUGAAGAAGCUAUUCAGUCGUAAAAACAGGCAGUCAAAGCUGCCUGAAAACGCCCCGGAGCAACUCAGCUCAAUUGCUGCCAUAGAGGAGCAGCCUCCUGCUUCUACUAUUUCUGCUCCGGCUCCGGCUCCGACUCCAGCUCCAGCUCCUGCUCGCGCGCCUUCGCCUGCCCCCGCUCCUGCCCCCGCUCCACCAGCUCUCCCUCAGAAAGCCGUGCAACGAGAACAGCCCAAGCCUGCGGCGCCGAAAGAAGAGCGGGUCGCCCCGCCAUCUUCUCCGGCAGUUCCGACUCGGGUUCCCGUUCCCAUUUCGUCUGCAUCCCCGGUUUCUCCCGUUUCUCCCGCUUCUAUCCGACCACCGGUGACUGUUGCUCCAGUCAAGCCAGCACCAGCACCGCCAUCCCCUGAAGAACCCGCAAAGGACGAAUUCUCCCGCUUUGACCAGGGUCCCCUUCUCGACCAGCCUGCUUUCGUUCCGGAUGACGAUGCCGAUGAUGUUGACGACGCAGUGCCGCCUCCUAUCGCUAGGCACUCCCGCUCACCGCUCUCUUCGCCGAAGCCUAGUGAACAGGAAGCUGCGCCUCCACCGGCACCGGUGGCUCGCGCGGUAGACCCACAGGACCGAUGGGCUCAAAUUCGCAAGAACGCUGCAGAGCGAGCUGCCCAACGCCAGAACACCCGGCCGGUGGCGGGGAUCUCAGGCCCGUCCAAGACUGCCGAUGCAGAUGACGACACCAGCGGAGAGGAGACUAUCGAAUCCCGUGUUGCCCGCAUCAAGGCUAGAGUUGCAGAAUUGACUGGGGGCGUGGAGGGCAUGGGAGCAUCAGGUGCCCGCUCGCCGCCAGCCCCUAUCCGUCGGUGA